GAACGCGGCCGCGCCAUUCAAAAUUUUCACGAAGCAUUGAAAGAUAAAUCUGAUGCGCAGCGGCAGCUUGCUUACGUGGAGAAAUAUCGCGGUGCUCCCAACGAUAAUGGGAGUGAUAUCUGGAGGCCGAGGUUCGGGUUGUAUGAGGAGAAACUUCGAAAAAUGGUCAGGGUUUUGAGGAAAGUGGAUCUCAGGUGUGGGCAGCUUUGGAGAUUGAGGGAGAAAGAGAGGCAGGGGGAUCCGGUGGGGACGUGGUUGAGAGAUUUGUUAGAUGCGGCGAGGACUGAGGCGGAUAGCAUUGACGACUGGAUGCGGCGGGAGCUUAGUACGUUGAGGCAGAAGGCGGAGAAGCGGGCAAAGGCGUUGGAGGAGGCGGGCGAUGAUAGCGAUGAUGAUGUGGAGAUCGCUGAAGAAGAUAUCGCGGCAAAUGAGGAGCAGAGUGAUCCCGUAGACGAUGAGGACGAGAGCGAAGGCGAGGGAAGCGAUAGUAGCGGCAGUCGUGCCUGGUACGGCACAUUGUAUCUCGGUGGCGGAAGCUACGGUGCAGCAUAUCUCUGGCUUCAAGUCGACCAGAGGACAGACACGAUCUGCAAUCGUGUGGUAUGCAAGAAAGCGAAUCUGGCCCCAAUUUGGAAUUAUUCUCAUUUCUGGACAAAUGGAGCUCCGGGCAUAACAGACAACUUUUCGGAUAACCUGCCGACGGAGAUACAAGCCCAUCUAGGUCUCCGUGGCAAGCCUGGAUCGAGGAGCACGGUGGAGAUGCUGAACUACAAUCUUCGCCUAGAGGACAAACAAGCUGAUUUGUACUUGGAAUAUUGUCCAUUCGGCGACGCCUUUGAUCUUCUCAGCGGAAAUUAUGGAUACCACGCUGCAGAACACACGAAGAGGAUCGAGUCACCCUGGGAAGACCAUUCGGACGAAUACAAGUUGUAUCCGGAGCCUUUCUGCUGGGCCGCCUUCCAGAAUCUGGUUAUCGCCGGCAUCCUUAUGGAGCGAGGUCAAUUGAAGAGGACCGGAGCUGAUCCCGAUUGGCCUGUAAUUGUCCACCGCGAUUUCAAAAUCGACAACAUCUUCUUCGGAGUGGCAGACGACAAAAGUUUCCCGGGGUAUCCCCGAGCCAAAGUUGGUGACUUCGGUCUGGCGAUCGCCAUACCUCCCAACGACCCGCGUGACUUGGGAGACCUGAGAACGCAAGGAACGGCCGAACACGCUGCGCCCGAGAUGCAAGUCCGACUCGAAGUUUCAAACGUCCGGCGAACACAAUCGACCAAGACAAACGUUUGGGGCGUGGGCAUUGUAAUGUUCUCGUUGCUCGCUGGUAAAUAUGGACCAUGCACCGUGAACGAGACGUGGUUCGACUGGGACAGACCGAGUCGAAGGGAGCCUCCGGAGUUGGAUGCUUCGGCGCAAGCAUUCUACAGCCGUGAGCUGGUCAACUUGGUCAUGGCAUGUAUGCGCUACAACGAUAGCGAUCGGCCAUCUUUCGAUCAUCUCUUCGCAGAGAUUCGCAAAUACACCACUCCGGGCGCACGCGACCGCGCCUUCGGUCUGCGGGAUUUAUCUCCCGAACACCCCGAAUAUGGAGCGAAGUUUGCUGGACACAGUGUGCCGUUUGGUGUAGACAAUUAUGCUCUUGGCUUGGCAUACGAUGAUUCGGGAUUCGACGAGCUUUACAGUCCAGCGAGACCACCUGCUGCGCUGGCCGGUGUUUAA